UACAACCCCCUGCGGGAUGACUGGGUGCUGGUGUCCGCCCACCGGAUGAGGCGUCCCUGGCAGGGGCAGGUGGAGAAACCCCCGCAAGAGGAUGUCCCUCGCUGUGACUUGUCCAACCCGCUGUGCCCUGGAGCAGCACGAGCCAACGGGGAGCAAGGUCAUGUGCUUCCAUCCUUGGUCUGACCUGACACUGCCGCUCAUGUCGCUGGCAGAGAUCCGGGCAGUGAUUGACAAGUGGGCGGAGCUCACGGUGGAGCUGGGUGCUUCUUAUCCCUGGGUACAGAUAUUUGAGAACAAAGGGGCCAUGAUGGGCUGCUCCAACCCUCACCCUCACUGCCAGGUCUGGGCCAGUAACUUCCUCCCCAACGAAGCCCGGCUGGAGGACCGGACGCAGCGGCAGCACCUCCAGGAGCGCGGCGUGCCCUUGCUGCUGGAGUACGCCCGGCUGGAGGCCCAGAGGAAGGAGCGGCUGGUGGUGGAGAACGCGGACUGGCUGGUGGUGGUCCCCUAUUGGGCCGUGUGGCCUUUCCAGACCCUGCUCCUGCCCCGCCGUCACGUCUGCCGCCUCCAGGAGCUCAGCGACGGCGAGAGAGACAGUCUGGCCUCCAUCAUGAAAAGGCUCCUCACCAAGUACGACAACCUCUUUGAGGUUUCCUUCCCCUACUCGAUGGGCUGGCAUGGCGCCCCCACGGGGCCUCACUUGGGAGCAGACUGUGGGCACUGGCAGCUUCACGCCCACUACUACCCGCCUCUCCUCCGCUCGGCCGCUGUCCGCAAGUUCAUGGUGGGCUACGAGAUGCUGGCGCAGGCUCAGCGGGACCUGACGCCAGAGCAGUGCGGUGAAACUGCCAAGAGCGUGCGACGUGACGAGUGUGAGCGAGGGGCUCCAGCGCUAACCUCCGGCAGCCAGCGAGAGCGGCGGGGCCAGGAGCUCUUUGAAAAAGAGCCACCCCAGAAUGACGGCGUCUGGGGCCUGCUCCAGAAUGAAGCCGCUGCUGGGAAUCCAAAUGACGGUGUCCGAUGGCUGAGAGAAACUGAGAUGACGUUAGGUUGUUACUGUGAGCACCAGUGA